UGCUGAUAGUUAAGAGUCAUGAAAAUCCCUAUUCAAAGUAUCUGUCUCACACACGCCUAAAUGCAUUUGUAACACCGGGGUGAUGGGUGGCGUGCUGGGACAUGUGCUCGGGUCUUGAGACGGGCUGUUGUAAGCCGAACAAAUGCUCCAGUGUGUGUGCCCUAGACCCCUGGCACUGAGACUGGGUGUGUGCCACUCUCAACCUGCAACCACAUCAUCACUGGUUGAAAGAUCUCAGAGAGUGUCUUUUUAAACUGAGCGGAGAGGUCCGGCGAAGGGAAUACCCUCAGCGUGCCAACAGUCAUGCGAAGAGGUGGCUCAGAGAACUGUUUAGACCUGGACACGACAGACCUGGCGGUACGAGACGUGUCAAGAUCGCGUCCUGCUCUGGACAGCUUGCAACAAAAAAUACUGAAGAUCAAGGAGCAGCUGCGAAUUGAGCAAAAUCUACAGGAUGAAAACGUGGCCGAGUACCUCAAACUCAUCGGCAGUGCUGACAAACAGCAGAGCAGCCGCAUCAAACAAGUGUUCGAGAAAAAGAACCAGAAAACGGCGCACAACAUCGUUCAACUUCAAAAGAAGCUCGAGCAGUAUCAGCGUAAGAUGAAAGAGUGCGACGUCUUGAACGGGACCAAACACACGCUCCCAACCGCAAAAGACCUCCACGAGUUUCCCAAAGACAACCUCAAGGAAACCCUGGUCACAGGAAGCGGGCGGCACCCGCAUUUGGACAAAGUAAAAACCAUCGGUCCAGGUGUCUCGCUGUCACCGCCGUUCUUCUUUAGCAAGUCCCGCGAGAUAGCCAACCUCAUUCGUAACAAGUUCGGCAGUGCGGACAACAUUGCCCAUCUCAAGAGCUCCAUGGAGACGGGUGGCGGUCUGCAGACGGAAGGAGGAUGCAGAGUUCUGAGCGGCAGUGCCACGCUAACCUCCAAACACAAAUACCCCAGCGAUGAUGAAUGCUCCACGGAGACUUCAUUGUCGGUAGAGAGUAAUGGUCAUGUGUCUGGAUUGGGUGUGAUGGGACAGAACAGUGGGUUUGGAAAGGAAGGGGGCCAAGAGGACAACAGUCGCCUGGUGGAGGCCUGGGAGGAGAUCAGGGAGUUGAGGGAGGCUCAAAAUCUGUUAGCCGAAGACAUUGAAUCGUUGAAGACCCAGUUUAAAUGUGACUUUGAGAGUAUAACACAAACAGUACAGGAGGAGCGGUAUAGGUGUGAACAGUUGGAGGACCAGCUGAAUGAUCUCACAGAGCUCCAUCAGAAUGAAACGGCUAACCUCAAACAGGAGCUAGCCAGCAUCGAGGAGAAGAUGACCUAUCAGGUUUAUGACAGAGCACGAGAUAUACAGGAAGCGCUGGAGGCCUGUCAGACACGAAUGGGCAAGUUAGAGUUACAGCAACAGCAGCAGCAGGCCUUGCAGUUGGAAGGCACUGAUGCCAAAGUGUUGCUGGGAAAAUGCAUCAACAUCAUGCUGGCUAUUGUCACCGUCAUCUUGGUGUGCGUCUCCACGGCCGCUAAAUUUUCUGCACCGCUGAUGAGGAGUCGUCUACAUGUGUUCGGGACUUUCUUAUGCGUGUGUCUACUGGCGUUUGGAUGGAGCAACUGGGAGCAUUUGACGCGCGCUGUAGAGCGAAUGCUGGUGCCCAGAUGAGGGAUGUGAAACGUGAGGUGAUGUUCUCGUUGGAUAAAUUUCUCCCUUCACAAUGUGAGUGUCCCAGGACUAUGGCAUGAAGAAUGUGUGGGAGAGCAUUCAUGAUGUACUGUAGCAGAAACGGGUCCAUCUUUGUCACUGUAUUGUAUUAAAUUAACACGUUUCCAUUUGUCUUCUUUCUUAAAAGCAAAUAUUCACUUUUAUUUUAGAAUUUUAUAGUAGAUAGGUGAUAAUUGUUUAGUUGAAUCUCUGUCAUAUUUAAUCCCAAAAUCAAAAGAAAAACAGUCCAAAAUUGUUAUGAACAUUUUUAAAGUGUUGUUUUUAUUUAUUUUGACUUUUUUGCGAUGCUACUUUAUAUUCAUAACAAUUGAACAGCACCCCUACAUUACUUUGUGUAGUAAAUGUGUUAUUGACAUGAAAAAAAAGUAUUUUAUGUUCUUUUCAUUUUGCGAUUGAUACAUGACUCUGAGUUCUGUUUACUAACGUAGAGCAUUAUUUGUACUGUUAAGAUGGCCUGAUGUUCCUUUUCCCGGCACUUUACAUGCAGGGCCAAAUUUUGUGAAAUGUUUUAAAUGUGGUUGACAUUUUCUGUAGUUUGAGAGGUUGUGCUCAUCAUAAAGGACAAAAACACUUUAUUUUUUUGUUUAUAAUAGAAAUGCCUUCAUUGAAACAAUGACAAAUGCUCAUGUUUCAUUUUAAGUAUAUGCGACAUCAUUUGGACUGUGUUCUGUGGUAUUUUUAUACAUUGUUGAAUGGCUUCGUUUAAUCUAUGCUUCAGUGACUCCCACAGUGCAAUGACUUACACUUGUAUUACCACUGUCAGUUUUGAGUGUUUGCAUGCCUGUGGUUUGACUGAAAAUUGUAUAAGCCACGAAAUCUGAACUCACCCAUGUCCAUGAACUACUGUUUUGUUUAGACAUUAUCUUCAAAUGCCUUUUUAUGCCCAUGUUUGACUGACAGAAAGACUGUUAUCUCGGCAAUUUUCUGUGAAUACUGUCUGAAUGUUAUGAUCUACCAACAGGAGGUUUUUUGAUAGACAUGCUCCAUUGUUUAUCUAAUAGGAAACUGUCCAACAUUCUCUGAACUGAGAAAUAAAUUGCCUGAUUUUUCUCGA